AUGGAGGCAACCUCGAUGUCGUUGGAAGACGUUCAGAAGAACCUCACCCUUACCAAGAUCGAGCAAUCUGCCGCAGAAGAGGCAGUCAAACUCAUCAGGACACUGUUAGCAAGCUGCUGCCACAUCCGCCCAGUCCGAGUCGAUCUGACCGGAUCGCUGCAGAGAGGGACAGCCAUAAGUGGCGAUUUUGACAUCGACGUGCGCGUGGAGCUCCAAAGCCAAGACUGGCCAUCCCUGCGUCUCCUCAAGCAAGAGGCCAAGCAAAGGUUGACGUCACAAGGUUUCGCCUUCCUCUCUGAAGGAGAGCACAUUCUGAAGUUGAGGCUGACCACCGGGCCUACCAAAGCUCCAGUGGAUCUUGUCUUCACCUCUAGCGCGAAUGCAGGCAGCAAGGAGCAACUUGAGAGCCAGGACUUCGAUGCCGAUUCGGGGAAGUGGAGUGAUUACACCUUAGCUUUCCGUGCUUACUUCGGCCUCAAGAAUGAUGCCCGGCUGAUUGAGGCGUAUGAGAGGCUAUCAAAGCAAGGCCACCACGUGAAGGAGCUCAUUCUGCUGACGAAGCAUUGGAAGAAGCAAGAAGAAGCAAAGGUGGAGAAGGAGGGCCGAAUACAAGAUGCGAAGCGUCUGGGAUGGGUGAAGUCCAUUCAUCUCGAGCUGGCAUGUUUGACAGCUGCUGAGGAAAUGCCUGCUGGCCAAGGAUUUCACAUGUCGUUUGGCCGAGUCCUAACAUUGCUGGCUCGAGGUUUGAACAAUUCUGCCUUGGCACGCCAGCUCGCCAUGGAACCAUCGUACCUAGGCCUGCGGGAAGCAGAGCGGGCUGUUCUCAGAGCCCACGCAAGGCAGAGCCUCAAGAAGAUGUGCUUCGCGUUCCCCGGCAAAGGUGACUCGCAGGAUCUCUUCAUGUUCCUCCGCCCCAGUGAAGUGCGUGAAAUAUACAAGAAGGACAUCCCCAUGAUACGGGUGGUGGAAGAUGAUGCUUCCGGUGGAAAGAUCUAUUCCGUGGACCACAGACGCCUCGCAGUCUUCCGGCUGUUGGAGAUGUUCGGCAGGACCAGGGUGGUCAAGGUUCAUGUGCUCGCUUUGGGGGAGCUCCACAAGGGCGAAUGGAAAAAGAAGCUCAGCACCAAGACGGAUGGCAUGAGCAUUACUGUGUCUGGUCCAGAGGGGUGGGUUGUGGGAACCGACCGUUCCACUACAACGUACCCACUUCGGGAGGCCUUGCUGGUGGGCAAGACUCAGGAGGCCCUGCAGUUAGAUGAGUUGGAGUCUGAUGAUGAAAGUGAGAUCCUACCGGUCCCUAAGCGGGCCCGUCAGUGA